UACCAAUACACUCCCUGCCAACUUCCCUCCUGUAUAUCUCCAACCAAAACACUCAAACCCUUUUUCACAAACCAUGGCCUCCUCAAAGGCCAACCAACACCAACUACCCUCCUACCACCACCACCUCAUCCCUCUCCACCUCCAUCAAAGCUGCCGCAACCUCCUCGUCUCCGCUUUCCUCCUCCUCGCGGCUGCCUUCUUCUUCCUCUGGCCCUCCAACCCCGACCUAAAAAUCACCCACCUCCACCUAGAGAGCAUCGACAUCCAGACAAUCCCAAUCAUCUCGGUCGACAUCACAUUAGGCCUCACCAUAAAGGUCCGCAACGUAGACUUCUACGCCAUCGAUUACAGCUCGAUCAUGGUCUCGAUAGGGUACAGGGGAAAGAAACUGGGGUAUUUUGUGACUUUGGAUGAAGGUCAUGUGAGAGCUAGAGGGUCGGAGUACGCGGACGCAACGCUAGAGCUGAACGGAGUUGAGGUGAUCUCUGAUGUUAUACUGUUCUUGAAAGAUUUGGCUAGGGGUUCGGUUCCGUUUGAUACGAUUACUGAAGUUGCUGGGAAGUUCGAGUUCUUGUUCUACAAUGUCCCUCUUAAGGCAAGAGUAUCAUGUGAGGUUUUGGUAAAUAUUUGCAACCAAACAAUUCUCCAUCAGAAUUGUUACCCCGAGUGAUGAACUUGGAGGAUGAAGAGCAGAGCUAGAAGGGUCAAUGUUGUUCUCACGAGUUUUGAUUUAUGAAAUCUGGAAGACUUAGCAUAUCUCUGUUUCUGUAAUUAAUAAGCAUAAUAGAACUGUGGAAACAUAGUCAGUGAAUGUUAUAUGUAUCACAAUAUUUCAUAUGUUGUGCGAGAUACUGUGCUAAUCCUGGACUAGAUUGGUGAAAUGCUGCUCUUUGAUUCUCAAGACA